CAGGGGAGCAACUUGAAGGCGUAUAGGAUGACUUGGCUCCUCGCUCGAAGCUUGCAAUCAUGAAAGAACUUACUCUACUAGCCUCUACGGCGCAAAAUGACCCAGCGGCUCAUAUUCAACUACUGGAAAAGUACCUCACAGUCACACCUUACCUUCUAGACCUUGGUAAAAAAUUCACCCGGUCCACUCUCUGGCACACUGAUCUUUAUUCUCCGAACCUAUUCGUACAGGACAACCGUAUCACGGCCGUGAUUGACUGGCAGGAAGUCUGGCCUGGCCCCCUUUUCCUCCAAGCCAAACCAUCGCCACUGGUGAAUUAUCAAGGAGAGAUCCUACUCAGCCGUCCCGAUAAUUUUGACACACUAGAUGAUGAGCACAAGACCCAGAUCAAGCAGCAGAUUUCCAAGUCCACUCUUUUCCAGCUUUAUCUCAUUGAGACAGAAGAGAGGAAUCCAGCCCUGGCUGAAACAUACCAUCUGGACCAUGGCAAGACAAGACGCCUGACCAUUGAAUUUGCUGGCAAUACAUGGGAUGACGAUUUGGUCUCGUUCCGGGAGGCGCUUAUCAACAUUGAAAGGUAUGAACCAUGCCUAGAAUUGGGAAAAAAAAUCUAACAGUUUAUCCAGGUAUUGGCAAGAAUUCAACACACAUCAACCUUGUCCCAUACCUUUUAGCACAAGCGAGAUAGAGUC